CUCCGACAACUCCGAUUGGACAACAUCAGACUCAGAUUUCCAGCUUGAUCUUCUUUUCUUCACCCCAGCCUGCAAUCAACAGAAAACAUCAGCCCGUUUCUCUUCAUCCAGUCCUCGCCAUGUCAAACUCUAACAAUGUUGUUGUCCUCAUCCGUCAUGGUCAAAGUGAAUGGAAUGAGAAGAACCUGUUCACCGGAUUCAAGGACCCAGAGUUAACCAGCAAGGGACGUGAGGAAGCCAAGCUGGCGGCCGAGAGGCUCAAGAAGCUUGGAUUCGUGUUUGAUUGUGCAUACACCUCGGCCUUACGACGAGCGCAAGUUACGCUCGACAUCGUCCUCGAGGCGCUCGACCAAAAGAGCAUCCCGAUCGAGAAGGAUCAAGCGCUCAACGAACGCGACUACGGGGACUUGAGUGGCUUGAACAAGGACGAUGCCCGCAAGAAGUGGGGCGAAGAACAGGUCCACAUCUGGAGACGCAGCUACGACGUCCCUCCCCCCAACGGCGAAAGCUUGGAAAUGACCGCCCAAAGAACGCUUCCCUACUACAAUUCCCAAAUCAAGCCCAAAGUUCUUGCCGGGAAGAAGGUCUUGGUCGCUGCUCACGGGAACUCCCUCCGAUCGAUCAUCAUGCAGCUUGAGGGCCUCAGUGGUGACGAGAUCGUCAAAAAGGAGUUGGACACUGGUGUCCCAAUCAUAUACGAGCUGGACUCUGAAGGCAAAGUGCUCAAGUGCACCGUCAUCAAUUCUUGAAAAGUCACCCGAGGAAUCGAGUUUUGGAUCAGAUCUUUUACAUGAUUGAUCGUUGAGUUUUGGGGUGUAACUCCGUUCUCCCUCCCUCCUCUUCUUUUAUACUAGUAGAAAUCGCCAUUCCUUCUCUGUGUCUAUAUGGGUUUCUGAUCAUACCGAAAUGUAGGAAUCCUGGGAGAAGGUUAAAUACCUCUUUCCACCAAAGAAACAAAAAAAAAGACUGUACCAUUUCCAAACAAACAAACUGUGCUUAAGAAAUAAAUAAGCGUAACAGAAAUCAGACAACAGAGCACAGAAAAAAAACUACCAUGUUAAUUCUAUUUCAUGGCUAAUAACGCCGUGAGCUGAUGAGCCGUGAGCAGAAACAUCAAACAAAACUUGCGCCAUCGUUAUCAUUUCUUGUACAAAAAUUGAAACACCUCCAACAAACAAACAAUCAAAAACAGCUAGAAAAAAAACAGAAACAACAAGAAAGAGUGGGGAGUUUUGAUUAUAAGAUUGGUAAAAUGAGAAGAUGAAGAAAAUGAACAAUCAACUCAAUCAUCAUCAUGAGUGUUCAUGUUUUUUCGAUAUUUUUUUUUC